AUGGAGGAUCCAGCAGAGAUUGCAGCUCUGGCUGUCGAGUACUUGCAAUCGUUGGACAAUCUGCCUCAAGAAGUGACGCAUCGCAUCAAGGAGAUUCAACACAAGGAUGCCAAGUUGCAAGGUGAGCUCGCUCGCUCGCUCGCGUACACUCCAGCUUGCUCCUUGCACGGCGUCCAUGGAUUGGUUCCCUUGCUCACUUUGCCCCGCCACACACUCGCGCACGCCACACUCUGAAUGCGGCAAUGCCCAGAACUCUUGCCAAAGAUUGCGUCGCGCGAAGCCAACUUGCGCGAACUUCUUUUGCGCUCCGGCGGUGCCAGAAGCAGCGGCAGCGGCAGCGGCAGCGGCAGCGGCAGCGGUAGCAGCAGCGCGCCAGGCACGGGACCUUUGAGCGAAUCCGACUCUCUCAAAGCCGAGAAAUUGGCAGAGCGUAUCCGAUCGGAUUACAAGCGGGCAGAUGAUUGGUCGGAAAGCAAAGCUGCUCUUUCCUUGGCAUUAUGGCGCAGCGUGGAUGGGCAUCUGAAAAGGCUCAAUGAGGAACUGCAAAAGGUCAAUGCGGAUCUUGUCAAGAGCACAAUGACCAGCAUGGGAUUGGCAGCAAGUGCGGAGAACGCGACGCUUGGCUUACCUUCGCUGGGCGGCUUGGCCAAUGGUGGUAAUCUAGCAGACAUUGCUGCUGCUGCUGCUGCUGCUGCGGCGGCGGCGGCGGCGGCUGCAGCAACAACUCCAGGAGCCAGCACAAGUCGGCACGCUUCACCAUUUGCGGGCAUAACGUCGAUGCUGAUGGGUAAAAAGGAUAUCACUCUAACAGCUGCUGCAAGCGGUGCGAGCGGUCGAUCAUCGAUGGGUGGUGGGGGAGGCAUAUCAAGCUUGGCACGUCUCGCUACACCCUCCACUCCUUCCGGCGGCAGCGGCAACGGCGGCGACAAGUCGCUUCUCUCCUCCAAUCUGGCCAUCGGAGCAGCAGCAGGCGGCUCGCUAUCCAGAAAAAAUGUGGGAAGACCGAAAAAGUUGGAAGGUGGUACGGAGACGGAUGGCAUGGGACGCAAAACUACGGGCACCAUCGGUAAUAAACAUGCCAACUCUCUCGCUUCCGCUCUGUCCGACGGCAUCUCGGGCUUAUCUACCGCAGAGGAUAUGGAGAAGGAUGGUGAGCUGUACUGUACCUGUCAGAGACCCAGUUUUGGGGAAAUGAUUGGUUGCGACAGCGACGAUUGUCCGAUCGGUGAGUUUUCUCCUCUAUUGUUGUUGCCCACACAUUCUUCCCCCCAAGCAUCGCUUGCUUUUGGGCGUUCCAUCACGAUGCUUCGAAGCUCAUCAAAUCCGUCUUUGCCCAUGCAUCCCUGUUGUUUCUCUUUGCCCCUCCCCCCGCUUUUGCAGGCUGGUUCCAUCUGGAGUGCGUACCGGGUUUGGAGAAACCUUUGCCUGCUACGUGGUACUGCUCUCAGUGCACUGCGCGCAUGGAGGUGGAAAGAAAGGAAGCGGCAGCUGCUCAAGCGGCAGCUGCGGAGCUGAAGAGGGAACAAUCUGUCAAGGACAAGGAAGGAAUGAGCAACAAGAACAAGAAGCGAAAAAAGUGA